AUGUGGAAGCUCCUGGAACAAGUGACCAAGAAGGCGCCAAUUGAAGCUUCAAACUACGUAAACUCCGUGUAUGAGAAGGCGCAGACCCUCGCCACUGCCGUUCAGGACGAAGCCUCGACGUUACUGAGCAGUGCCAUAAGCUCUACUCGCUCUGGACCCGUGGACGAGAUUCUGUAUGAAGAAGUGGCACCCUAUCAGCAGUUCUUGAGCUUUUUUUCAGUCGAAGAACAUACGCACGAGAUCAAACGUGCAGUGGAAGAAGACGCGAACAUCCGUGAGCUGCACGAUGCCAUGGUACCACUGGAAUUGAGCUAUAACGAAUUCUGGUGCCGUUACUUUUUCCGACAGCAGCAGGCGGAGCAGUACGAGCACGCACGACAGAAACAAGCUAUGAUGGACAAUAACAAGAACCCAGAAGACAACAUAGACGAAGAAAACAGCAAGGAGGAUGCUUUGGAUGGGGACGACGAACAUAGACCACAGUACAAACAGUCACGUCGGGAAAAGGUAGACAGUGAGAAGCAGGAUGGACCUUGGCUCUUGGAAGCGGCAGAGGACUCGGAACGGUGUGCGGCCACACAGUGGCGACAAAAGGCGAGGGAUUUGCACUAUCAAGUACAGGAAAUUAAGCAGAGGUACGAUGAGAAGGGGCAGAAAGCGAUGCAAGAGUGGGAAGAAAAGCUGCAGACACUUUGUGAUACCUACGAAACGAAGUUGGCUGCAGCGACGAUACAGAUUCGUGAAGCCCGGGCGGCAGGAUAUGAUGAAGGGGUUUGUGAGAGUCAGGCCAUUGUGGAAAGUGUACGUGAGAAGGCGGAAGAAGAUAUGACGCGACUCCGUUCUGAGAUAUGUGAGGGUGCAUUUGAAGCUUCGGUGAAUGAUAAAGCUGAGUUGACGACAGAGAAGGAGGAGCUGCAAAGAAAUCUGACAACUGCUCGUCAAAGAAUAGUUGAGCUGGAGAAGCUUAGAGGAUCAUCAACUGCGAUUGUUGAAGGCGAAGCUACUGCCGAGCUGAUUAAGGAAAGGGAUGUGUGGCGAGUGAGAGCACUCAAAAUGAAGAAGCUUAAGGACCUUCUGCAGACCGAACUCAUGACUCUACGUCACCAGCGUCAUUUUAAUGCAGCUGCUGGCUGGGAUUCUCUUGCGACUAGUACUUCAUUCGCCAACUCGGACGAUCACAGCAAGCUCCAGACUCGCAUGAAUGAGCUGCAAACUCAGCUAGCAAAUGCGUUGGCUGGUUCUGAAGCUCGAGCUCGCGAAGCGUAUGGAAAAGGUUUUGUGACAGGCAAGGCUGACGCAAAACAACGGGUAAAACAGGAGCGCGACCAAGCAUAUGAGGAGGGAUACAAGAAGGCACAAUCGGAUGCCAAGAGUGAAAUAGGAGUGCUGAAGGCUGAGAUUAAAAUGUUUCGCGCUUUUCAUGAGAGUGCAGUUCACUGCGCCGAUCACAUCGAUGGAAACGCAGAAGGUCUUCUAGACAACUCCCUGGACAAGAUUUCGCUGGCUGAAGGGCACUCACUUUGCUCGCCGACGUCAUCUGUCUCGAUAUUUACUGAUAACGGAAAGAACGACUUCUCGUGUUCUGAGAUUCCCAAAUCCACGGACGAUUGGGGUGAAUGGUGA